GAACAAGUCAAGAUGUCUUGCCUCAAGUGUUUGAAAUACACGAUGUGUGUGGCCAACUUCUUAUUCUUUGUUUGUGGGGCAGUGAUACUUGGCUUUGGGAUAUUCAUGAUGACGCAGACCAAGUUUUCCUCGUUGCUCCCUUCCCUGCCGUUCAUGAGCAUCACCAACAUCCUCAUCAUCGCUGGGAUCGUCAUCACCUGCGUGUCCUUCCUGGGAUUCCUGGGCGCCUACAAGGAGAACCGGUGCCUACUGAUCACGUUUUUCAUCUUGUUAUUUGUUGUGAUGCUGGUAGAGCUGGCUGGAGCCUGUAUCCUCCUCGUCUAUGAAAAAAAGAUGUACAUUGGCGAAAAAAUCACAAACGACCUCAACAAAAGCCUGGAGGAAGCCAGACAAUCUCAUAAAUCAAGCGUUAAUGGAACUGUCAGAGUGGUCCGUGAUGACUGGGACCUCUUCCAGAAAACAUUUAAAUGCUGUGGAGUGAAAAGUUGGAAAGACUGGAAGGGCGAAACACCAUCGUCAUGCUGUGAACAGACCUCCUCCUGCAAUGCCACUGGCCCCUACUGGGAAAAGGGUUGCCACACUAUGAUGGAGACCUGGUUUGAAGACAACCUGCUCAACACUGGUAUUGGUGUGAUUGUCAUCUGCAGUAUUGAGGUCCUGGGUAUGUGUUUCUCAAUGACUUUGUUCUGCCACAUAAGUCGUUCCGGACUGGGAUAUAAAAUAUGAUGAACUGGUCAAAAUGGAUGAGAUCACCUGUCUGCAGUCUAGAGUUUGUGCACACUAUGAAUGAAUUUGGGCUCUUAGGACAAAAUGCUGUUGAAAAACAAUCACUCUGAAACACCUGGAGUUUAAGUCAACACAUUGUGAUUGAUGGAUUUCCACUUUUAUUAUAUAGUAAGCAGUAUACCCACUUCUAUGAUCUAUACAGUCAGCAGUAUGCUACCUGUCUGUUUGUCAACAUUGAUAGUAACUGAUUUAAUAGCCUGUGUAAUUCACUGCUUUCUACUAGUUCAUCUGUAGGGCAAUUUAAUCAAUUUAGCAUCAGCAAGUCGUGUAAUGGCCUGAUACUAAUGAUUUCAGUUAGUAUAUAUAAUAAUAGUUUGUUGUUCUGUGUUCCUUAUUCAGAAAGUAGGCCUAUUCAGAGAUGUUGUUUAUUAAGUUCAUGUUUGAAAAUUUGCCUUUACAUAAACAGCACACAUGUAGCCCAAUUUUUGCUAUAAAUCUUAGUUCCAUAGUUGGCUUUAAAACACUUUAAUAUUGAGCAUAUAUUCUUUGCUCAUUCAAGUCACAAUCUCUUGUAGGCCUCUUCAAAUUCAUAUGUGCAUUAUAGAAAGUAGAAAUGAGAGGAGUCUGAGAAUUUGGCCCUCCACCAGAUAUCUUUUUAAACGUCUCGUCUCCCGUGCCGUAAUCAUUGUAUUUACUUGUACACUGGUGUUUCUGUUAUAAUUGGCCAUGAUGCCUUCAUCCUCACUACUUUGUUGUAUUGCAAUAAACAUCUUUUGCUUCCAAAACACAAA